AUGUCCAGUUCAGACAUUCAGCUCAAAAAGCAGGCAGCUGUAGACGCCCUGAAGGCCGAAUGUGAAGAAAAAUGGACACAAAUCACACAGUUAUAUGAAGACAUCCAGACACAAAAGAAACCCCAUGAUGAGCACGUGAGAGAUGAUCCUCUGUUGAAAAUCUACCAGGCAAAGGAGAAGAGGUUAAAAGCUGAAGUGGAGGUGUUUAAGAAUAAGGAGACAGGGGCUCUCCCCAAGGACCCAGUGGUACUUCACACCUUACUUAAAGAUGAACUUACCACCUCUAUCACCCAGCUAGAACACACCCUAGCCAUGGUGGCAGGACAGAAGGCAGAGAUGCUCAAACAGAUUGAGAGAGAUGAAGCCCGGUUGGAGGAACAAAGAGAAAUAAAAGCUGCCCUGGAGGUAAAGGUGGAAGAGAUCAUGGCACAAGAGACACCUGGAAACGAAAGAAGUUAUUUGAAAGAAUUGGAACAUAAAAGAAAAAGGGCCAUUGAAAAAAACAGAGAGCUUAUGUUGGAGAUGCGUGACUUUAUAGCAAAAUUCUUCCCGCCACCAACGUACAACCAAAUGAAGGAGUGGAGAAGGAAUCACCAGCAGCCAGGUACAGGACGGAGGUCUAACGAGUCCUACACCAGUUCUGAAAGCCUCAAUGGUGACGGUGUGGUCAGCUUGCAAGAUAUGGUAGAGCAUCUGAUGAACAAACUGCUGGACAGUCCACAUGACCCCUACCUGACCACUGACCAGUCUUACUGGCCUCCUUACUUGGAACUUCUGCUCAGGACUGGCAUUGCUUUAAAACAUCCAGAGGAUGGACACAGGAUCAAACUGGUCCCCUUUCACCUGUAAUCCUCUAAGUAAUGUGUGAGUAUGGACAGAAAUUCAAAUUUGUCCCAUUUCACUGGUUAUGCUAUAACUUAUAAGGAUGGGCAGAGGAUCAAACUGGUCCCUUUGCAACUGUAACACCCUGAGGAUAGACGUAGGAUCAAACUGGUCCCUUUCACCUGUAACACCCAGAGGAUAGACGUAGGAUCAAACUGUUCCCUUUCACCUGUAACACCCAGAGGAUAGACGUAGGAUCAAACUGGUCCCUUUCACCUGUAACACCCAGCAGAUGGACAGAGAAUCAAAUUUGUUCUCUUGUA